GAGAUUCAAUUUUGUUUUGAUGACAGUCAACUCUCAGAUGAUGUUGCACUAAAUCAUCCAAGGCAAAGACUGCAGAGUUCUACAGCAGGUACAAGUUGGGAUGGUAGUGGAGAUCUUGAUAGCUCAGAAGACCACCAAUAUCUUCGAAAGAUGGUUUUGUUAGAAACUGUUGAGAGCCUAAAACUUUGUAUGACAUACACAGAGACGCAAAGAAACUGAAGACAAUAUAAUAGCAGGCAGCAGGGUGACUCCCAGGUUCAUGGCUGCCCCGGGUGAUAUAUGGUCAGUUGCUAGACCUUCAGAUUGCUGAUUUUUAGAAGAUACUGGUACAUGUAGCAGGUCAGUGCUACUGACUUCCAAUAUCCACAUUAAAAUCUCCACUAAGAUCAUGAGUUUGAGAGGAAGAAAUUAAUGGCCUCUGUUGUAUAUAUACCGUAUACGAAAAGAUUUUUCAGUUUAUUAAUUUAUUUUUGGAUUCUUACCCUUUUAACAUUCGUAAUUAGACUUCUUUUUUUUUAAAUGACUGGAUAUGUGACACAGGACAAAUUUAGCUGAUACUAGGAGAAACCGUUUUCAAUUUGUCAGACCAAAAUUAACAUGGGACAAAAAAAGUAUAUCCAGUGAAGCUGCAAUUGACUUCUGUUGUUGACUUGUAUGCAGUCAUUUGCAAACUCUAUUGAACAUAGUAUUAAAGGUUUAUUAUUAACAAAAUGUUCUCUCAUUGGGUGUAUAACACUAUAUCCUGCAUCAGACAUGAUUUAAUAUAUUUAUCAAGGAAAUGAUAGUGAUAAAACUUGGACAGAAAACAUACAUGAAUAAUACUAAUAAACAUCCUAUAGAGAAACAAUGGAGUGUCAUAAAAUUGUCGGGAUACUACCAGAGGGAACAACACAGUUUGAUGCUGUUUUUUAGUGCAUUAGGAAAUGUGAGUUUUUAUUAUUUCCAGUGUUGGGUAUUAGAGAACAUAUUGCACUCUGACAUGGGAAAAGAAUAGAGCAUAAAACGUUGACAUAGCUGGAUGUACUUUGAUGUGUUCUGAGAAUUGGUUUUGUCAGUUGAUAUGGAGAUUUGUUGUUUUUCAUUUAUUUCGUUUUGUUUAAGUUAUUGCUGCUUAAUGCCAUUAAUUCCAUCUUGCUGACAAAUUUGUCCAAAUCAAUGCCUUUAGAAGAAAUAUAAGGAAGUCUUCUAUCAAUUGUAAAUGAGAUGGUUUUUUUCUUCAUUGAAUGAGACAUGAAAAAGACUCUGUAAUGAAAGUUUUCUUGUUUAUGAAUUAUUAAGUACACAAAUUACAAAUAGAUAUCAUAUUUUAGGUAUUGACAAUCAUGGCAGAACCAUUAUUUGUGUGAACAUUUUGUUUCAAAUUGUUUCAAAUGGAAAAGUACAAAUGUGAACUAUGAUAAAUAUCUAUGGUAUAUUUAUGAAUCUUUUGUCCUUGAAAUCUAACAUAUGGUUGGCAUUUGUGUUUGGAGAUGGUAGCCAUCUUCUCUCUGUUUUUAAGAACAAAGCAUCACUUCUGGAUUAUAUUGUAAAUUUUAUCACAUGCUGUUAUUUUAUUUUUGGUCUUUUAUUGGCUGUUAUCCACUUUAUGAUAACACUUGCACAUUUCCCCCUUACUUUAAAAAUAGGUUUAAAUUUAUCGUUUUGCACAUACAACCUGUGGCAUUUUGUAUUAAACAAUAUUAUAAUGUAAGUAAAUUAGUUCACGGUGAGAAUUGUUGCAUCAGUAUGAUAAUAUCGGAGCUAAAACACACAUAAAGCCUCAUUUUCAGAGCAGAAAAUCUGAGAGGGCCAAUCAGAGGCCUGACAUGGCAACUGGCUUAUCUCUCCUUCCAAUCCUAGAGAGCCAGAGAUAUAAAUAUUGAGGGGUUUUUUUUUUCAGGAAGAAAAAAUAUCCCACUCCAAGAAGAGUUUAAGAGGGAAAAUUUUAUAUUUUCUAACAUAGAGCAGAUGUGCAUCUAUAGGAGCAAAAUACAAGUUUCCAGAUGAAUAUCAGUCUCAGACUUCUGAUUGUUUUCUUAUGUGGAAGUGGGUCUGUUUGUAACUCUAUCUUGGUCAAAUAAAUAAGAAUAGAAGAGUGGUAUGUAUAUAUAUUGGGAAUAGGAAAUAUAUGAUUUCAUUGGCUGGCUUACUUUUGAGGUUGAAUCAGGACACAAUACCCCCAGUUGCUGGAUCAGAAAUGACAUUUAUGUGAAGAAAAUUGCACUUUGAGGGCCACUGUGAAUUCAGAAUAAUGUCUGAUGUGGAGCAUUUUUACAUUUCUUCUAUGAUUUACUCUUAAAGAUUCCAAGCUACUUUUUGCUUCCCUUGAGGGAAUGACAAAUGUGUGAAGAGCAUGAUAAGAAAUUUCAAGGAAUUUUGUUAAAAAGGAUUGCUCCAGACACCAUGAAAUUAUCAGAGCAGGAAUUGUCUGAUGCCAGUGCUGCAAAUGUCCCUUGGUUCCAAUGGAAAGAAAAUGACGACAGGAUGAAAUUUCAUCAAAGACUUGUAGCCAUUAGUGUUUUUCUGUUCCUGAUAGCUACAUGUUUAUUGUUCUUGGGAGAUGUGUUCAAACCCUUCCAGGGUAACCAUGCCACCCAUCAUUUGACAUAUCGAGAAUCUCCACUGAGGGGACUGAAAUAUGUCAGGGAUGACCACUUGAAUAUUGACACUAGAAAAUGUUUCCAAUAUGAACACUUAAAAUCAGAAUCUAACAUUUCUUUGGUGGAUUUGCGAUUGAAGAACAAAUAUGAUUUGGGGGCAGGAGGUGACUACAUUCUGCCGACCUUGAUCCCAGGAAGGGAAUAUGGUUCAAAUAUUCAACCUUUGAAAGUCAUUAUAAUGCCACAUUCCCAUAACGAUGCAGGAUGGUUACGGACUCUGGAAGAAUAUUAUGUGUACACAACCAAAAAUAUCCUCAACAAUAUGGUAGAUAAAUUAAGGUUAUAUCCCAACAUGACCUUCGUGUGGGCUGAGGCAGUGUUCCUCAACAUCUGGUGGAAUGAACUAGAAGAUGACAUGAAAGUUCAGGUGAGGAGAUUGGUAAAGAAUGGACAGUUAGAGAUAGUCAGUGGUGGGUGGGUGAUGCCAGAUGAGGCCUCCACCUCCUACUACUCCAUCAUAGACCAACUUAUGGAAGGUCACCAGUGGAUUAUGGAAAACCUGAAGGUCAAACCUAAAAACAGUUGGGCCAUUGAUCCAUUCGGCCACUCAGGCACUGUGCCAUAUCUGUGGAAGAAGGCAGGACUGGAGAACAUGGUCAUUCAAAGGAUUCACCAGGCUACCAAAGGUUCUCUGGCCCAGAAAAAGAGCCUGGAGUUUCUAUGGCGACAACCUUGGGACAAUAAUGGAUCAUUGGAUAUCCUUUGUCAUGUAAUGCCAUACAUGUUGUAUACUGUUAAACACACAUGUGGGCCUAAUCCAUAUGUCUGUAUGAUGUUUGACUUUCAAGUUCAUAAAAGGAAAUAUAGGAAAACUUUCGCUGAACCAAUUUCAUUGAGUAAUGUCCAAGAGCAAGCAAAACAGUUGUAUGAACAAUAUCGUAGAAAAGCCAGUCUCUAUAACUAUGACGCCAUUCUAGUUCCAUUAGGUGAUGAUUUUAGAUAUGAUUCUGCCCAAGAGUGGGACCAGCAAUAUCAAAAUUACAACAUGCUUAUAAAUUACAUGAAUGCUAGAGAUGACUGGAAGAUAGACGUACAGUUUGGAACACUCAAAGACUAUUUUGAAAUCCUCAGAAAGUCAGAGAAGCAGAAAAAACAGCAGCACAAUGAUAAGAACUUCCCUACAGUCUCUGGAGAUUUUUUCCCUUAUUCUGACAAAAGCAAUGCAUAUUGGAGUGGAUAUUUUACUACAAGGCCUCAUGCCAAGAAAUUCAGCCGUGAAGUGGAAAGAAACUUGCAUGCAGCUGAUGUCCUCAAUACCUUGGUAACAGGCUUUAGUCAAAAAUGGAAUGUGAAGUAUCAUAACUAUCAUGACAUUUCUAAUUUCCUGCAACAGUCAAGGAGAAACCUUGCAUUAUUUUUGCAUCAUGAUGCAAUUACAGGAACCUCAAAAGAAUAUGUUAUGCAGGACUAUGAAAAUAAACUUUUCCACUCAUUCAAUGCUACACAAAAGGUUAUUACAGAUUCAGCCCAAUUUCUCCUGACUGGAGGAAAUUUGGAUGCACCUAUGAUUCUGGAGCCAGAGGAAGUGAAAACAUCCUAUGAUUCUGUCACUGAAAAGCGUGUUAUACAUGUCACAAAAACAGGAGUUCCCGUCAUUUUAUUUAACACUCUUGCUAAAGCCAGGGUGGAACUGACAUCUCUGCUUGUGGAUACUGAUAAAGUCAUUGUGAAAACACUAGAUCACCAAGAGAUUUCUUAUCAACUUAACCCUGUUUGGCAAACUAGUGCAUCGGUCCAUCAGAGUCAAUUUGAGAUCAUCUUUCUGAAAAAAUUAGCUGCCUUAUCAUUGGAUGUUGUGUACUUGUUUAGAGCUGAUGAAGAAAUAAAAUCUGUUUAUCCUGCAAAAAUUUCUAUUUUCAAUUCCAUGGAAUUGAAUAUUGCUUCAGAAUUGAUGUUUGAGAGAGAAAAGCCAAAGUAUUCUGGAAGUUAUCAUUCGAAUAUCCCACUUGAAAAUGAAUAUCUGAGAGCAGAAUUUGAUCCCAAGACAGGUUUACUGAAAUACUUGAAAGAUAAAAGAACAGGAAACAUCACCAGAGUUGAUUUGACUUUCAUGCACUACAAAUCUCAAGGAAGUGGAGCAUACUUGUUCUAUCCGAGCGGAGAUGCGAAACCUCUUCAUUUAGGGAUUCCCAUCAUUCAUGUGACAGAAGGGCCCUUCAUGUCUCAGAUAGAAGUUGUUCAUCCAAAUCUGAGACACAGCAUGAAACUCUUCAGUUUAGCUUCAGAACAAGCUCAUGGCCUCCAUGUGCAAAACUUCCUCAACAUGCAUGCAAACAAAGUGAGAAAUCUUCAAGACACGGAGAUUAUCAUGAGAUUAAAUACUGACAUAAAAAAUACAAUCUUCUUCACUGACCAAAAUGGAUUUCAGAUGAUAGCUCGUAAAAAUAAUCCUAAUCGGUAUGUGGAGUCCAAUUAUUUCCCUUUGACCAGUAUGGGCAUCAUGGAAGAUGCUCAUAAGAGACUGACCAUUCAUAGUGCCCAGCCACAUGGAGUUGCUGGACUUGCUCCUGGGCAGUUUGAGGUCAUGUUGGAUAGAGAACUAAUGUACGAUGAUGACCGAGGACUGGGAGAAGGUGUUCAAGACAACAGAGAAACAAAAAAUGAAUUUGUAAUACAGAUAGAAUAUCUAGAAGAUGUUUCUACGGAAACAUUUGUUCAAAACCAACAACAGCAGAUCUCAAACGUAGAUAGCAAUUUAGAAACCUUUACAUUCCCAACUAUUCUAAGUAUGCAAAUUAAUGACCUACUGCAGAAACCUAUUAUUAAAAUGUUUACGUCCGUUUCCACAGACAUUUUCAGGAAUCGGUUCCUUCCGGUGGCUUCCCCAUUACCAUGUGAUAUAAGUUUAGUGCAUUUGAGAAAUCUUGUCAAUUCAGAACUAGACUACACAAAUUCCAGUAUAGUUCUGCACCGCAGAGGGUUCAAAUGUGGCUUCCCUACAUCAGACGUGCAGUGUUCACUGGACUCAUCAGUAUCAUUAAUUUCCAUUUUCAAAGACUUGCCUGUGCACAGUGUAAAAGAGGUCUCCCUCACACACAUGUAUGAAAAAAGAAAACUUUUACCCAGUUCAGACUUAAACAUUCCACCCAUGGAACUCACAACUGUGCAAUUUUCACUAGAAAACAAUAGGUAGCAGGUUAUUAUUGGGAUAGAUCAUAACAAAUCAUUUUGAAGGCCUUCGAAUUUUUGUGGUUUUUAAAAAUGUAUUGCAAAUUUGUUUAUAUGAUAUGCCAAUAUUCAUUUAGAAUUAAUGAGUGAUUAAAUAAGAAUCUAUGGGAACUUAGAUUUUAAAAAAAUAACGUAUAAGCAGUCCUAUAUCAGAAUUAAAGACAGAUUUAUAUUUUAUGCUAGUCAGAUUACAACUUUUUUUUAAUUUGUGCAUCGUUCAUUGUUCAACCAUCUUUAUAUAGUAAUAGACAUGUGCAUAGUGUCUGUCCAUUACAUUUUUUUGCCAUUAAGAUGCUAGUGUAUAUGUAUUUAUGAUGUAGCCUCUAAGGUGGAUGGUAAACAUGUCAAUAGUAUAUAAUUUUCAUCAUUGUAUUGAUUUCUAGUGCUAUUGUAUGUUAAGGAAAGACAAUUUUAUUGUCUAUACUUUAAGAGUAUAAAAUUCUCGUCUUUAUGAUCAGUUGUCACUGAAGUUACAAAUCAAAUUUUAAUAAAAUUGUCUUCUUUUAUACUUGCACUUUUAAGUUCAUAAAUAUUUGGACUGUUCACUUCUUGAAUUCCAAACAUUUGGAAACUCUAAUUUCAUCUCAUGCUCUUUAUUAUGAAUACGUGAUUUUUAUAUCAACAUGUGCUGUGUACAUAGUACAACAAUAUGAGUGUCACAGUUUUUAUUCGAAACAUUCCACUCCCCCAUAUCUCUCAAGUUUAAACAUGAAGGAAAUUGUUCAUGUAUGCAGUGUUAAUGAAAUUUCAUGUGUGAUAUUGCUACAUAUUUCAUAUUCUCUUUUGUAUGAAUGUCAUUAAAAUAAAGUAAUCGGGAAAAAAA